CCAGCGUAAUAGAUAGACGUUAUCAAAGAUGAGUUGUUGUUAAAGGCCGCGGAAGCAAAGAACCAUUUAGCAUAUACUCUCGAACACUCUCCGGGUCUCCCGUCUCGCACUGAGAUGUCGGCCUCCGCGGCCCAUGCCUGCCUCCCCCUCCGCGGCGACUGCGCCGCCGUGGGCUCGGCGUCGAGGACGAGCAGGCGCCGCAGCCGCCUCCCGCAAAGGGCUCGGAGUCCCGCCGUCCGGUGCGCGCGCGCGGCGGAGGAGACGGAGAGCGCGCCGCGGGUGGCGACGCUGCGCAGCGGCGGCGGCGGGGCCGACUCGCUGGUGAUCUGCCGCGUCCUGAACGGGAUGUGGCAGACGAGCGGCGCGUGGGGCCGCAUCGACCGCGAUGCCGCCGUCGACGCCAUGCUCCGCCACGCCGACGCCGGCCUCACCACCUUCGACAUGGCCGAUCACUAUGGUCCUGCAGAGGAUUUGUAUGGCAUUUUUAUUAACAAGGUCCGGCGAGAGCGUCCACCGGAGUUGCUUGAAGAGAUCAAGGGUCUUACCAAGUGGGUGCCGCCUCCAGUUAAAAUGACCGACAGCUAUGUUCGGGAAAAUAUCAACACCUCGAGGAAGAGGAUGGAUGUCGCUUGCUUGGACAUGUUGCAGUUUCACUGGAAGGUCAACUUGACGGCAGUAUGGAAUAAGGGCUGUGUGAAAAGUAGAAGUUCGAAGAAAAGAAUGAGGACUUGCGGUGCAGCAAUCUUUUUUCUUAGGGAAUUUCGAAACUUUGAGGCUGUCAAAAUCAUCUUAUGGUGGGAUUACUCAAAUCCUGGAUACCUUGAUGCCCUGAAACACCUGACUGACCUAAAAGAAGAAGGUAAAAUUAAGACUCUGGCUUUGACAAACUUUGAUACCGAACAUUUGCAUAUAAUCCUGGAAAAUAAAAUCCCAAUCGUUAGCAACCAGGUUCAACAUUCUGUUGUAGACAUGCGCCCACAGCAAAGAAUGGCCGAGCUUUGCCAGCUAACAGGAGUUAAACUUAUAACGUAUGGUACUGUAAUGGGAGGUCUGCUGUCCGAGAAGUUUCUAGAUACCAAUCUAUCAAUUCCCUUUGCUGGCCCUCCUCUAAAUACUCCCUCUCUGCAGAAGUAUAAGAGGAUGGUGGAUGCUUGGGGCGGAUGGAGCCUGUUCCAAAAUUUGCUUCAAACAAUGAAAAAGGUGGCUUCCAAACAUGGUGUGGCAAUCCCUACUGUUGCUGUCAGAUACAUAUUGGAUCAGUCGUCGGUUGCUGGGUCGAUGGUGGGUGUAAGGUUGGGUCUCGCCGAGCAUAUAAAGGACACAAAUGCUGUGUUUUCACUAAACUUGGACGAAGAGGACUUGAACAGCAUAACUGAAGCAUCGAAGAAAGGGAGGGAUCUGAUGAAAGUGAUCGGCGACUGUGGGGAUGAGUAUCGGGCAUAAAGUGUAUUGGUAUUUUACAUAGUUUUCGGGUGUAAUAUUACCAUAACAGAGUUAUUUGUCUGGAUACAUCCAGUUCAAAUGUUUUAAAUUUUGGGAGGUUCCAUAUCGCAUCGAGUUCUGUGAAACAUCUCUUCUUGCUGUUCUCAUUCAUACUCAAAAAGUGUUUUAUCUUUUAGUAUUA